AUGGAGUCUACAGACAUCGACAAUGACACCAGGGGGUGGAUCAUGUGCAUCGUGAGCGGAAUAGCCUGUGUCGUGGGCGCAUCUAUCAUUUGUGUUGAUCUGGUUAUACGAUACAUUCCUGGGAAACGCAACUUCAGGAUACAAGACAGCAAUGCCUUCCUGGCAUGUUCUCUGAGUCUGAGCUUUGGUGUCAUGCUUUACUCGGCAUUAAACAACAUGCUCCCAUCGGCGAAACAAUACCUUAAGGAGGAUGGCUUCCAAGACCAGGUCGCAGGACUCCUUAUGAUGGCCUGCUUUAUUGGAGGCUUUGUUGGUAUCCAGGUCAUUUCACGGCUGCUGCACCAGUACAUGCCGUCUCACGUUGUCGAUUGCGACCACACACAUGACCACAACGAGAGCGAUGCCCGGUCGCGUAGUCAGAGUAGAAAGACUUCCUUGUAUACCUCGAGUCGCCGCUCCUCUCGACGACCGCUCGUUGAUAGACUAGCAAAGAAUGGCCACGCCACCGAGUCUACACCCCUACUGAAUGGAGAGGUCGCACACGAGAACGGCGCACCACCUAUGGCUCAGCGCCAUGCCUCGAGUAGGGCCAACCCGAGCCUCAACACCACCCACUCAACUUCCACGACCCGAACCUCGCGAAGCCGCGGCCCCACCGUGGAUAGACGACCGUCUAUGGCCCAAGUCCAACAGCGGGUCAUGUCUUUCGUCAAAGACACGAAAACGAACUGUGACGAGGAGGGUCCAUGCUUUGGCUACACUGACCCUUGUGGCCAGGAAUGCUUCAAGCACUUGAGCAACCGCACGACGUCCACGUCGAGACAUCCGGCUGUCUUGCGCACCAACACGGGGCAUUUCUAUGCCCAUAGCCAUACAGACUUGGAGGACUUGGAAGAGGGCGGUUCCUCUUGUAACUCUCCAAUCAGUGGGAAGAUGCGGACCAGCCGCGCAACUUCGAGGGAACCUCUGCCGGAGCACGAGGAGGCGCAUCACCACCACGAAGAAAGCCACGGCCAUGGGCAUGACCACCAGGAUCACGACCAUGACGCUCACAGCAACGGCGAGCACGCGGACGAAGAUGUCGAGGCGCAGCAUCACCACCACGUCCCUACUAACGCAUUCCUAUCCCUUGGUUUGCAAACGUCGAUCGCCAUCGCGCUCCACAAGUUUCCGGAAGGCUUCAUUACCUACGCGACUAACCACGCAAAUCCCGCGCUAGGGUUCAAUGUCUUCAUGGCCCUAUUCGUCCACAACAUUACCGAAGGGUUUGCCAUGGCACUGCCGUUGUACAUGGCACUCGGGAGCCGCAUGAGGGCCAUGUUCUGGGCCGCGAUCCUCGGCGGCCUCAGCCAGCCUUUCGGCGCAGGCAUCGCUGUGCUAUGGUUCAAACUCGCGAAGCAUACCCACAUCACCCCGAAUGCUGUCUCUUAUGCUUGUAUGUUUGCUAUUACAGCUGGAAUCAUGGUGAGCGUUGGUCUUCAGCUUUUCGUUGAGGCGCUCAGUUUGAACCACAACCGGAACCUUUGCAUCUUAUUUGGAUUCAUGGGAAUGGCCCUGCUGGGCAUCACGGGCGCCAUCGCUUCUACGCAUUAA